UGAGAGUCAGCUGACAGAUGUGACCAACUAGCGGGUGUAACAUCUCAACUGAGAAGACCCUGAACCGAGGAAAAUCCCCCACUAGCUAUACUAACGGGUUUUGCCGCGGAGAACCGGAGAGCCGUCCCCUCCGAUAAACGGCCACGUCUUCCCGUCUCUUGUAGGAUGAGUGUCGGUGCUCCGAGAGGCCUGGCCAGCUCGGGGCAGAAGCCCAUCACGGAGAUCAUUCACCCGUUGUCCACCGCCGAGGAGCCGUUUUCCGCCAGCGUCGGAGGCGAUAAGGAAGCUGGCCUGACCAAUGGCACGCCAGUUGAAACAUCAAGCCCUGCCUCCACAUCCUCACUUUUCAACAGGCUGCAGCUGGACGAUGAGCUGGAAGCAGACGUCCGGGAUCCCUAUAUCCUCACAGAAACUCGUGACCUUUUUGUUACGGUGGACGACCCAAAGAAGCAUGUCUCUACCAUGGAGACCUACAUCACCUACAGAGUCUCCACCAAGACAACAAGAAUGGAGUUUGACCUUCCAGAGUACUGUGUGCGACGGCGAUACCAGGACUUUGACUGGCUAAGGAUCAAGCUUGAGGACAGUCAGCCAACCCACCUCAUUCCUCCCUUGCCAGAGAAAUUUGUUAUGAAAGGUGUCGUUGAUCGCUUUUCGGAGGAGUUUGUGGAGACAAGGAUGAAGGCUCUGGACAAGUUCCUGAAGCGAGUUGCUGACCAUCCGGUCCUCUCCUUUAACCCACAUCUAAAUGCUUUCUUAUCUGCAAAGGACUUAAACAAGCGGCAAGGUCUGGCCCUGCUGACGAAGGUGGGUGAGUCAGUGAAACACGUGGCUGGAGGAUAUAAGCUACGGGCACGGCCUGCUGAGUUCUGCGCCAUGGGUGAAUACCUGGACACCUUCAGUCAGAAACUGGGAACAAUUGACCGCAUCGCUCAGAGGAUACUCAAAGAGCAGUCAGAGUACCUGACUGAGCUGCGUGAGUAUGGCACUGUGUACUCCAGCUGGGCAGGGUCUGAGGAGGAGCUACAGCGCCCCCUAGAGGGUGUGGCUGGCUGCGUGUCGACGUGUUGUGGAGCUCUGGAGGAGCAGUGUGAGAACAUGAGCCAGGACUUCCUGCCUGUGCUCAGAGAGUAUGUCCUCUACAUAGAGUCCAUGAAGAAUGUUUUGAAGAAAAGGGACCAGAGCCAGGCAGAGUACGAGGGCCGGUUAGAAGCAGCCAUAUUGCGCAAACAGGAAGACAGAACGCCAAUACCAAUAGAGGUGGAGAAAUGCCAGGACAAAGUGGAGUGUUUCAAUGCUGACCUGAAGGCUGACUGGGAGCGCUGGCAGAGCAACAAGAGACAAGACUUCAAACAGCUUCUCACAGGCAUGGCUGACAAAAACAUCAACCACUAUGAAAAGUGCCAGGCAGCAUGGGAGUUGCUCAUAACUCUCCUUCAGGACAAACAGACUGAGGACAAAAUCAGCGAGACGAACUGAAACAUCCCCACAUGUCUCCGCCUUCUUCCUUAUCUGUAUAACACACUCUGUCAUGCCAAGGAAACGGACCAAGUGGGCAGCUGACAUUUACUGCUGGACUCUGCCCCGUUCCCCUGUGAGAUGACUGUGAAGAAGAGGGUCAUCUCUGACAUCUGACCUGCAAAGGAGGUAACAAAGGGUGCAUUCAAGCACAGAAUGAGGAGAGACUAUGUACAGACAUUUUUUUCUUUGUUUUUUGUUCAUAUUGACUUUUUCUACUUUAAAAUUUCAAUUAACAGUCAUUUGCCAAUGCUGCUUGUGUUUAUUUAACCCCAGUCUCAAAGAGGUAAGUUGCUGGUCUUUCUUUUUUUCACAUAAAACGAAAUGUGAUGGAUGACUCUUUAGCAUCCAAUAUAAAAUGUUUUCUUGUGUGGUUGGAACUGAAACAUGAAUAUCCAAAACAUCCUCAGAAUUUUUCCUGUCAUGUAAAAGCCUUUGUUUUAGCGCCAAAAUUAGUUUGUUUCAGUCAAAAGUUUGUGUUUUGUUUUCAUAGUUCUCCUCUCAACUAAUCAUACUAUCCCUGCUAUUUUGCAUGUUAAAUCUCAUUAACUUUUACACUAUCCAUUACUGUUUUUCAAAUUUCAUAGAUUGUUUAGUUUUACUAUUUUCCCAGCAAACUUUUCUAUGGUGACAGUUAACAUGAGAUACUUGAAUCUUCCUGUGGCAUUAGAGCUUACCACAGGCUUAUGUUCAAUCAGAAGCGAAACAUGGGUGGAGUAAAAACAGGAACUGUAGCUUACAAAAGGCUCCAGAUAAUUUUCCAAAGGGGAAUCAGUAGGAUGUAUUUUUGAUCCACAUUAAUAGAAUUCCAGACAUGAAGCAAAUUCACAUUUCACAGUAUUUAUGUGUCUAAUAUGAAUUCUUAAGCUCAAGAAUGUGGAGUCUGAUUUGGUCAUAUGUUUUGUCCUAAUUUACAGUGUAAUAGCACCACCUUGUGGUCAAACUGCUAAUUGUUUGACUCUGGUGAACUGGUGUCCAAACAGUUCACACUGCCUUUGCUGAUGUCUCUUCACAUCACUUCUUUUUUUUUAGAUAACAGUCAUUUCUGUCUUUAGUAAAUUAUUUGUCUGUUGCUCACCCAAGGGCUUAACUCAAUUAGAAAAUAUGAGGCACACAUACGGAAUACUUAUCUCAUGAAAAGCACAGAGAGAAAGAGGAAAGUAAAUAUUGACUCUGUUGGUGGGCUGUUUUCAGAAAAUACAUUACAAUCAGUGUCAACUUUUUGAAUUCAGAUGUGAUUUUGUUGCAGAGGUCAGCUUCAUUGACACUUGAACAAGAAACAAACUCUGCAUGGGGACAUUUUAAAGUUUGCCUGCUAUUAACAUUUUUGUCUUAAUAGCUAGGCGAAGAAUUUAGUGUUUACAGGUUAACUAAAAUGGAGAUAUUGAGAUAUAGGUGAAUAAAGAGCUCUGGGGCUUCUGGAAAAAGUUGGCCUGGUACUAAGAAAAUGGUUUGCAAUCUGUUGAAAUGUACGGAAGUACAAAGAUUUGCCCUGGUCAGCACAGCUGUGACUCAUAGGUCAACUUUGGUAAAGCAGAAGUAGCAAUGCAUCAAGUAUGAACCAACUGUGCUUUUGCAUCACAUUUCCUCUUUUAACAUGUUGCAGAUGUGGCCUUAAAGAGAGAAAUCAACUCUUAAACAUUAUUUGUUACAUCAGUGAAUAAACAUUGCUGCUCUAUUUUAUUUUAUUUUUUCCCAGAAAGUGGUUUUAAAGUGGUUGUUUGUUGUCCGAAAUAAAUAAAUAAAUAAACCAUAGAGGAUGAGUGCAGAAAGCUGAGGAUUUACCCUGUUGCUCUAAAUAUCCCACCUAAUCUGAAAUUCCUUUGCUACAUCUUUUGGUUCUAUAUCCUCAGUCUUAUUAUAAGCUUAUUACACUCAGCAUAAAGUAGCAAAAAACUUGACCAAUGAUGACCAGGGACGGUUUAAGUUUUGCAUACCUGCCUAGAAGUAAUUUAUAAAGAUGAUGAUUUUUACUUUUCAUUUGUUGUGAACCCACUGGGUUGGAGCCUCAUAAACUAGAAAAUUGUAUUCAUGAAGCAUGUAAUGUACUUUGUUUCAUAAUUAGUUCCUUUAGUAUCACUUCAUUUAUAAACAGGAUUUUCAGAACUAAGGUGCUGGUUUGACUUUUUUAGCUACUGUAUAUGUACCCUGCAGCUUUGCCACAAACAAAAUCAGCUGUGCUUUACUUUUACAGUUUGUCUUCGACUUCCCCUUGCUCUGUUUUUUUUUAUACUCAUGGCACAGCCUGCUCUCAGUGUAGCCAAAGGUGGGUGCAGUAAGGAAGCGAUAAGAAGAAGUGCUGCCUCCAGACUAGUUUUAGUAUGAUUUGUUGAUUCUCUUUUUAUUUGUGCUACAUUUAUUCCUCAAAAUCUUAAAGACAGAGCAGCUACUUUUACUUUUUACUACAACAUUCAGCAAGGUAACGAAUAAGUGAGUUUUAAUUUAAUACAAAACAGUAAAGUGGAGAAAAGCUUUCUGUGUAGCUGUGGUUCAGGGUUAAGGCAGCUACAGUGGACAGUAUGGAUGCACUGAUGCUAAAUUGUUGUUUUUGUAAAGAAAUAAUUAACAUGAAAAGCUGCAGUCAGAGGUGUUCCGAGACAAAACUAAGCUUCUCUAUAAUCUGAUUAUUUCACACAUACUGUCAAGGACUUCUGUUUUUUAUUUCCUAUGUCAUGCAUUUUUAAUAAAUGUAAUCCAACACCUUAACUAAAUAAGUUCAAAGAAGCAAUUCAGUCAACAGCAGGGAUUGUAAUACAUUAUAAACAAGCAACAAAAAAGGUACCUACCACUGAGCAGAGAUUUUUUUUAGAGGGUUCCUCUUUUGUCUUAUUGUUUUUUUUUUCGUACAUGCAUUCAAAGCAUAUUGUCCCUUCAGGUUAUAAAGAUGAACAUUACAAAACUGUUUGUAAUUUCAUAUUAUAUUGUACCCAGGAACACCAAAAAGGUGAGGCAGUUGAUUCUUUUGAACUUAAUAUAAGGAAUAACAGUUGUGGCUAGAUGAUACAAAUUUUAACUAAGUGAAGGCACAAGGUACUUGUCUGUUUUGUUUACAGCUGAACACUGUGAAAGAAGCAUCAGUGUAUCCACUGACAGUCCUGCUAACUGUUGUGAAUGAAGAAACUGUACAGACCUAAUGAAGUGGCCUGACCUGAUUGUGCACAACUUUUAGGACCAUUCACAUUUGAUAAAAAAAAAUUCUUUUUGCUUUUAUGGUGACAUACUCUAUAUUCAAUAAACCCUACUGCACAGCUAAAUUAUAAUGCACAGCUGAUUCUAUUUUUGUAUGAAAUAAGAAAAGAUUGUUGUUUGGUUUUAUUUAAAUUUUGAUGAAUACUAAAACACAUUUUAAAGGGUUUGUACCAAUAAUUUAAAUCUUAAGUUACUAAGAAAAUAAAAAAUGAACACAUUCAUUUAGAAGCUUAUUUGAGCCCCAGCAAUAGUCCUCCAAAAAUUUUCCCAUAGCCAUAGGUAAACUUGCAACAUGUGCUGUGUGCCUGCUGAUUUAUUUUUGCACUAAAGUCCCUAAAAGAAACAUCUGCUGAAAUAAAGGACUGAAUUUGGUUUAUUUCAGGGUGAAGACUGACUGUAACUGCUGUGGUGUUAAGUUUGUUGAGGCAAAUUUUAUGUCCCAGUUUGAUGAUUUAAAAAAGGCAUCAUCUGCAAACAGGGACCCUAUUGGCUGAUAAGAGGGAAGAGUCCGGCAUUAUUUUUGCUUUUUUUCAUGUUCAAAUCAAAUGUUCCCAAGCCAAAUGUCCCAGUCUUUCCCCACCAUUUCUUAGUGUAGAUUCGCACAUGAAGAGAAAAUCUGAUUUGCAGAGCAGGACAAAUGUAUCACUCAAUCCUGUUUGAAGGUUAAUGAGUGAGAGAACAAAUGAAUGUGUGAAUUGCUCUUUAUUUUGGUUCCCUCCCAGUGUGUACUGUUUACGUUCAGAGUUUUAUUGUACAUUUGGAUGUUAAUAGCAUCUUGUAAUUAUAAAUAAGCUUGUAUAUUGAUGUUGUUUUGAUGCAAUUUAUCUUUACCUCAGAUGACUUUUUUGGAUAUAUUGGACCAACAAUAAAAAAGAACGAAUGCAUUUCA